AGGUAUGCUGUGACAGGUGAACACUGCGCAGCGGAGAGCUCGCUAGGGCUCCAACGUCCCCACCAUGGGUAAUAGCGCGGCCCGCAGCGACUUCGAGUGGGUCUACAGCGACCAGCCGCACACCCAGAGGCGCAAGGAGAUGCUCGCCAAGUACCCAGCCAUCAAGGCCCUGAUGCGGCCAGACCCUCACAUCAAGUGGACUGUGUCGGGAAUGGUACUGGUUCAGGUGCUGGCCUGCUGGUUAGUACGGGGACUCUCUUGGCGAUGGCUGCUAUUUUGGGCCUAUGCCUUUGGUGGCUGCAUCAACCACUCGCUGACACUGGCCAUCCAUGACAUCUCGCACAAUACUGCCUUUGGCACAAGUUGUGUCUCCCGAAACCGCUGGUUUGCCAUCUUUGCUAAUCUGCCCAUUGGCCUACCUUACGCUACAUCCUUCAAAAAGUACCAUGUGGACCACCAUCGUUACCUGGGUGGAGACGGGCUGGAUGUGGAUAUUCCUACGAACUUCGAGGGCUGGUUCUUCUGCACGCCGGCCCGCAAGCUGCUCUGGCUGGUGCUUCAGCCUUUCUUCUAUUCACUAAGGCCUCUCUGUGUGAACCCCAAGGUAGUGACACGUAUGGAGAUCCUCAACGCCCUGGUGCAGCUAGCAUUUGAUGUCACCAUCUUUGCCCUCUGGGGGAUCAAGCCCAUAGUCUACCUUCUAGGCAGCAGCCUCCUGGGUCUGGGCCUGCACCCUAUCUCUGGUCACUUUGUGGCUGAGCAUUAUAUGUUCCUGAAGGGCCACGAGACUUACUCCUACUAUGGACCCCUCAAUUGGAUCACCUUCAAUGUGGGUUACCACAUGGAACACCACGACUUCCCCAGUAUCCCCGGUUACUACCUGCCACUGGAUGACUGGAACCCAGUGAGAAGAGAUGUGCUGUAGACCUCACCCCAGCCUCUCCUACCCAGCCCCAGCACUGAGCAGGCACCCUGUUCUAAGGUCCUGGUGGCCAUUGGAGUUCACAAGGUCCCCAUGGCUACUCUCCUGGCCAUAUUGACAUGACCCUUGACAUCAAGAGCCAGAGGCUCCCUGUAGCCACAAUGGAGAUUAAGUGCUGGGACCCUCCCUGGGUGGCCAUGGAUUGUUUCUGGCAGUGUCACAGGAAUCAGGGAGUCUGGGUGGUGGAAGCCUCCUGUGGCCUCACUGAGCCUCAGGACCACUUCUGACACCUGACACAAUGAACAUGGAGUCCUCACAGCCCACCCACCUGAAACACUGGGGCUGUGUGCAGGACCUGGGGCUCAGCUCUACCAGUAGGAGGUGCCUGGUAACCUGUCUACCCUCCUGGGGCUGUUUUGAUGGAGCCCAGCUGCUUUCUGAGGCCCCCUCUUUCUCCUGUUAUCCUCGCAUGCUCUGGCCUGCACAUUUCCACCAGGGCAGCCAAGAGCCGGCGCGUGAGAGUGAGCCAGAGCCUGAGUUUGGACAGUGAACAGUUUAUUAUUGUGUGGACACAACGCGCACUGCGUGGACAGACAGACUGCAACACCGUGGCUGCUGGAGCUGUGCUGCAUUCUGACAGCUCUGUGGCAUGGAAAGGCCACACUGCACCCAGCUGCUCCCUGUCAGCUGAGGCACCAACAGUGUCACCUAGGAGAAAACUUGGAAGCCAUCUAAUAAAGCAGGUGAUUUGGGGGUGUUCUCUAUAAACCAAAGGAACGUACACUUAAAUAAGCAAAUAUAAAAUACAAAAAAAAGAAUAGACCCGGUGUUCUGUGUCAGAUACACUAAAAAAUCCAGGAGUUGAAGUUUGUUUCCUCAUUUUAAGAUUGUAUCACAGGUUGAGACUUAAGUACAUCCCAGCUUCUGCAGGCUCGAUGCUCGCUGGGGCCAGCACGGCUCCUCGCAAUCCUCCAGGACUGGUGCCAUCUUACGUGGUGCUGAUCCCACUUAGCUCCUGCCUGAUGGCUAAGGGCAGGACAGGAGAGCGGGCUCAGUGUAGAAGGAAGGACCCUGCUCAGGCUGCCAUGGGCACACAUGGGCUAGAGGCCCAGCAGCAUGGCAGCUCUGAUACAGACCUUUGGGGAGGAAACCUAGCCCUCAUGGGCUUCUACCCACUAAAGACAGGAACGUGAAAAAGCCAAAAACUAUGCCUCACCCCAGAGCUGGGUUGGGCUGCUUGUAGGAGGGACCCAGAGUUUCCCUGAUUCUGACAUCCACUCAGAGGUGUAUGUGAUAGAGCGGGAGUCUCUGGCUGCAGAGCUGUUAUGGACUAUGCUAGUACCAUGGCCUGGCCUUUCUCCUCUAGGACAGGUUCUGUUCUGGACACCUGAACAUCUGUUAAGUCCUCCCAAAUGCCUCCUUUCUUCUUCCGGCCCCCUCAUUCUGCACCCCAUUGCUUAGCUCCCCACACUCUCCCUCCCUCUUUCACAGGCCUCUGGUAUCCUCCCAGUGGACAGACAUGGCUGGAGCAGGGUCACCGUUAAGUAAUGGGAUCUCUGCAGGUUCAGGACCCUCACAUACUUUCCAGGGGCUCAGAGCAUGGACCUACACGGUGAUGGCAGGCAGUGACUGAAGCAGUGACAGGAGAGCAGUGACUUCUGUGCCCCUGCCUCCCUGCAGAGGGACAGUACUCAUCAUGUCUUACCACUCCCUGUCUCUUCCCAGGUAGCUAGCUGUCUUGAAGAUGGCCUGUUGCACUCAGUGUUUCCUACUCAGCUAUUUUCCCAAGUGCCAGAAAGGGAGCCCCUCCCAAACCCGCCCUGCCCUGCCCCACCCGGAAGCUGGAAGUGCCUGGCAGCCAACUAUUCUUUAGCUGUGCUGCUUCCUUCCCUGCAUUCAUGAACGCUCAGACCUGUAUUCCAGUAGGACUGGACAGACAGGACUUGCGCCCUCUGUGGCCAAGGGUUGUAGCUGCUAUAGAGACUGGCCACCAGGUCCUCACAGUACAUCUUCCCCAUGGGAGUCUGUCAUUAGCUGCCCCUCUGGCUUCAUAGGCCUUUCUAGGACAAUCACUGCUGCUGGCCUGGGAACCAGUGAGAAGCGAGGCAGCACGUGGGCAGCAGGCAUAGGUGCAGACGCAGGCUAUGAUUUGCUGCUCUGUUCCAGCCCAAGUCAUCCCUCAAAGGCCCUGGUGGGGUCAGGUGCGACACAAGGGUCACAGUCUCAGUUUUUAGUUUCCCAGAGCUCUUCUGGGAAGGAGAGA